ACGUUCUGUGGAAAAACAUAACAAAAUAUAUAAAAUGCAACCAUGUGCAAAAGCUGGAUCAUAAUUUACAUACCACAUUAAAACUUUGAAGAUAUGGUGGAAGAAAAACAAGAAAUUGUAGCCGAAGAGGUGCCAGAAGCAGACAAAGCGCAGGAAGUAGAGGAAACAAAAGAUACUGCCGUUUCACAAAAAUCUAAAACAAAAACCGCAAAUUCUGCAGCAAAAAAGCAAAAGAAAAAGAAGCCAGAGGUGGAUGCCCCUUUACGUGGUCUACCGAAAUCUGGACGCCCAUGGAAGACACCAAAGCAGAAAUUCACUACAAUCAAAAAGACUACACAACGCUUAACUUUUGAAAAGAAGAUGGAACUGCGUAAUGAAUUGCGACACAUCAAGGAAAUGUCACGCGAUAUCAAAGAGCAACGUAAAGAAGCUGCGGUGCAAAAGAAUCAAAGACGCAUUGAAAAUGCUGAACGACGUUUAGCCAACGAAAGACGUGCUGAAGUGGUACAAAUAAUUAAGAAUCCAUCGAAAUUGAAACGUUUGAAGAAAAAACAAAUGCGUAUGAUUGAAAAACGUGAUACUAGUCAAGUGAAGGUGGUUUAAUUAAGUUCGUGCAAUGAGUGGUGUUGCAGUGCUUAUUGUACAGCUGAAAGCGGGCGGGUAGAUUAAGCUUCAUAGUUACUAUAUAUUUUUGUAAUUGCAAAUUGUUGUGUAGUAGAAAUAAAUUUGCUUGCUGGAGAGCAUGUCAUGAA